ACAACAAAUACAAAUUCAAAAGGAAAUUUCGAAAUGUUGAUUUUCUUGGGCAUUUUGGUGUUGCUGCCAGCGGCUCGCGGCUUUCUCGUCACAGUGGACGCCCAUGAUACGGCCUGUUUCUUCGAUCGGGCACAGGUGCAGGACAAGGUGGCGAUUAGCUUUGAGGUGAUGGAGGGCGGCUUCAAGGACAUUGCCGUGGACAUUCUGGCACCAGGCAAUGAGGUGCUCUACCAUGCCGAGACCGAGACCAGCGGCAAGUACACGUUCGCGGCCAGCAAGGAUGGCCAAUACACGCUGUGCUUCGACAACUCCAAGUCGACGCUGACUCCGAAAGUGCUGAUGUUUCACUUCACCGUGGUCAAGGACAUUGGCCACUACAUCGAUCCGCAGAAGCGCACCGACGACGUGGUCGAGCAGUCGGCGCUGCAGGCGGACAUCAAUGAGCUCUCCAGCCAGUUGAUUGUCGUGAAGCACGAGCAGGAGUACAUGCACGGCCGCUACAAGGGACAUCUGCAGCUCAGCGCCAAUGUGCACUUUCGCCUGGUGGCCUGGUCGAUCUUUGGGCCCUCGCUGCUGCUGGGCAUGACUGUCAUUGAGAUCUACUAUCUGAAGCGCUUCUUCGAGGUCAAGCGUGUGGUAUGAACAUGAUUUUGUUCUUUGCCAUAGAAUAUGUUGUAAUGUUUCAUUAAAUCAUGUUCUAUUUUAUG